AUGUCUUCGUGGAUUAUUAUUAUUAUUAUUAUUCUCAGCAUGGCUGUCCCCUUUUCUUGUGCUGUUCUCACCGGCGGCGCUGGCGGCAAAGGCGUCAAGGUGAUCAUCGCCGGUCGCACAGAAAGCAACUUACGUGCCACCGCCCAAGAAAUCGGAGCAACAGAUUACUACCUCCUCGAUACCGGAGAAGUCGACAAGAUCCCAUCGUUUGUAUCUUCGUUGUUACAGAAAUAUCCAGACUUGGACUGUCUGAUCAACAACGCCGGCGUUCAACGGCCGCUGCAAGUGCUGAAAGAUGAUCCCACGGAAUUCCUCCUCAAGGCCGAUCAGGAGAUCAAUAUAAAUAUCCGGGGUCCUAUGCAUCUUACACUUGCUUUAAUCGACCAUUUCAAACGCAGAGUAGAAAACGGUAGCGGUGCAACCAUCGUCAAUGUCUCCUCAGUCCUCGGAUUCGUGCCUUUCUCCGUAAUCAACCCCGUAUACAACGGCACAAAGGCCUGGCUACAUUCCUGGACCGUCAACCUGCGCACUCAACUCAUUCGCAGCGGAUUCGAUAAAAUCAAAGUCAUUGAAAUUGCCCCUCCGGCUGUGGAAUCGGAUCUUCAUCGUGAAAGGGAGGAUCCGGACGACAAUAAGAAACAUAAGAACCCGGCUGUGUUGACGAUUGAGGAGUUUAUGGAGGUCGUUUCAGCGGGGCUGGAACCGGGGGAUGAUGUGAUUGCGCCGGGGACGGGGAAGGAGAUUGUUGAUAAGUGGUAUGAGGAGUUUGGGACGAGCUAUGAGAGGCUUUCUUGA